UCCUCUCUGCCCCUCUGCGCGCCCUCUCUCUCCCUCUAUCUCCCCGGAGAUUGUCACAGUCGCCGGAGAUUCUUCCAGCGGUGACGCCGAACACUGUUUCUCUCUCUCUCUCUCUCUCUUUCUCUCUUCUCUCUCUAUCUAUUUAUCUCCUAUGACAAAUAUGGCGGGAAACGAUUGGAUCAAUAGUUACCUGGAGGCUAUACUGGACGUCGGGCCGGGGCUCCAAGACGAUGCGAAGUCGUCGUUGCUGCUCAGGGAGCGUGGCCGUUUCAGCCCGACCCGCUACUUCGUCGAGCAGGUUAUCACCGGCUUCGAUGAGACCGAUCUCCACAGAACCUGGGUUCGCGCGUCGGCGACCAGGAGCCCACAGGAGAGGAACACGAGGUUGGAGAAUAUGUGCUGGCGGAUUUGGAAUCUGGCGCGCCAAAAGAAGCAGCUUGAGGGAGAGGAAGCUCAAAGGAUGGCUAAACGCCGACUUGAACGUGAAAGAGGCCGCAGAGAAGCGACUGCUGAUAUGUCAGAAGACUUGUCAGAGGGGGAAAAAGGAGAUACAGUUAGUGAUUUGUCGGCUCAUGGUGAUAGCAACAGGGGCAGGUUGCCUAGAAUUAGCUCUGCUGAGACAAUGGAGGCAUGGGCUAGUCAACAAAAGGGCAAAAAGCUGUACAUUGUCUUAAUAAGCCUUCAUGGCCUGAUAAGGGGUGAGAAUAUGGAGCUUGGUCGUGACUCUGACACUGGUGGCCAGGUCAAGUAUGUUGUGGAACUUGCAAGGGCUUUGGGCUCAAUGCCAGGAGUGUAUAGGGUUGAUUUACUGACUAGACAAGUAUCAUCUUCAGAAGUAGAUUGGAGUUAUGGUGAACCCACAGAGAUGUUGCCUCCAAGAAAUUCUGAUGGUUUGACGGAUGAGAUUGGGGAGAGCAGUGGUGCUUACAUCAUUCGCAUUCCAUUUGGUCCAAGAGAUAAAUAUAUUCCAAAGGAACUUUUAUGGCCUUACAUCCCUGAAUUUGUUGAUGGUGCUCUUAAUCACAUCAUACAAAUGUCCAAAGUACUUGGCGAGCAAAUUGGUGGCGGUCAUCCUGUGUGGCCUGUUGCUAUCCACGGACAUUAUGCAGAUGCAGGUGAUGCUGCUGCUCUUCUGUCUGGUUCUUUGAAUGUACCCAUGCUUUUCACUGGUCACUCGCUUGGUAGAGACAAGCUGGAACAACUUCUGAGACAAGGGCGACUCUCAAGAGAUGAAAUAAAUUCGACAUACAAAAUAAUGCGUCGAAUAGAGGCUGAGGAAUUAGCUCUUGAUGCCUCUGAAAUCGUCAUAACUAGUACUAGACAGGAGAUAGAGCAGCAGUGGCGUCUAUAUGAUGGUUUUGAUCCUGUACUAGAACGUAAGCUACGAGCUAGGAUCAGGCGAAAUGUCAGCUGUUAUGGCAGGAUCAUGCCUCGGAUGGCUGUAAUUCCUCCUGGGAUGGAAUUUCAUCACAUUGUUCCACAUGAAGGUGACAUGGAUGGUGAAGCAGAAGGAAAUGAAGAUCAACCAACUUCUCCAGAUCCACUUAUUUGGUCCGAGAUAAUGCGGUAUUUUACUAAUCCACGCAAGCCAAUGAUCCUUGCUCUAGCUAGGCCAGAUCCAAAAAAGAACCUUACAACAUUAGUCAAAGCAUUUGGAGAAUGUCGUCCAUUAAGAGAGCUGGCUAAUUUGACAUUAAUAAUGGGUAACCGAGACGAUAUUGAUGAAAUGUCAAGCACUAAUGCUUCUGUUCUUCUCUCAAUAAUUAAGCUGAUUGAUAAGUAUGAUCUCUAUGGUCAAGUGGCAUAUCCAAAACAUCACAAGCAAUGUGAAGUUCCCGACAUCUACCGUCUAGCUGCAAAGACAAAGGGCGUUUUCAUCAAUCCAGCUUUCAUUGAGCCAUUUGGGCUUACUCUAAUUGAGGCUGCAGCAUAUGGUUUACCAAUUGUUGCCACAAAAAAUGGAGGUCCAGUUGACAUACAUCGAGUACUUGAUAAUGGUCUCCUUGUUGACCCCCACGAUCAGCAGUCUAUUGCUGAUGCUCUUUUAAAGCUGGUUGCAGAUAAGCAACUAUGGGCAAAGUGCAGGCAGAAUGGAUUGAAAAAUAUUCACCUCUUCUCAUGGCCAGAACAUUGCAGAAAUUACCUGUCCCGUAUAGCUAGUUGCAAACCAAGGCAGCCGGGGUGGCAGAGAGGUGAUAAUGAGAACGAAGAAAAUUCAGAAUCAGAUUCACCAAGUGAUUCCCUGAGAGAUAUACAGGAUAUAUCUUUGAACUUAAAGUUUUCACUUGAUGGAGAAAAUAAUGAAGGCAACGGUAGUACUGAUUAUUCUGGAGAAUCUGGAGAUCGCAAGACUAAGUUAGAGAAUGCUGUUUUGGCUUGGUCUAAGGGUGUUCUUAAGGGCACUCAAAAGACUGGGCUUACAGACAAAGCAGAUCAGAACAGCGGUCCUGGUAAGUUCCCAGCAGUACGGAGGAGGAAACAUAUUAUUGUUAUUGCUGUUGAUUUUGAUGCUGUAUCAGAUCUUUUUGAAACUACUAGAAAGAUAUUUGAUGCUGUGGAGAAGGAAAGGCUCGAAGGCUCUAUAGGAUUCAUAUUAGCCACAUCCUUUACCUUGUCUGAAAUACAUUAUUUUCUAGUCUCAGGGGGGCUGAGCCCUACUGAGUUUGAUGCUUUUAUCUGCAAUAGUGGCAGCGACCUGUACUAUUCAUCUCCUAAUGCAGAGGGUAACCCUUUUGUAAUUGACUUGUACUACCACUCACAUAUUGAAUACCGCUGGGGUGGAGAAGGGUUGAGGAAGACUUUGGUCCGUUGGGCGGGUUCUAUCACUGAUAAGAAGGGUGAGAGUGAAGAGCAAAUUGUUACUGAUGAUGAAAAGAUCUCAACCAACUAUUGUUAUGCUUUUAAAGUGCGAAAGCAGGGAAAGGUUCCCCCAGUCAGGGAAAUUCGGAAAGUAAUGAGAAUUCAGGCUCUGCGCUGCCAUGUUAUUUAUUGCCAAAAUGGAAAUAAGAUUAAUGUCAUUCCGGUAUUGGCAUCUCGUUCCCAAGCACUAAGGUAUCUCUAUCUCCGGUGGGGCGUGGACUUGUCCAAAAUGGUGGUGUUCGUUGGGGAAUCUGGGGACACUGAUUAUGAAGGAUUGCUUGGUGGUAUCCACAAGUCCAUAAUACUGAAGGGAGUUUGUAGCAGUGUGAACAAUCAACUCCAUGCCAACAGAAGCUACCCGCUUUCAGAUGUCCUGCCGGUCAAUAGCCCUAACAUUGUUCAAACAGGUGAAGAAUGCAGCCCUGCUGAUGUCAGGACUUCAUUGGAGAACCUAGGAGUCCUCAAAGCCCCUUGAGCAAUGCUCUCUGUGGUUGUGAUCAGCCUCUGGAUCUUCAACUUCCUGAAGAGCAAUUUCACCAACUCUAAUAGAACUAUGCCCCUAAAGCUGGUUUUGUUUUCUUGCUGAAAUCUUGGUAAUUCUUUUGUUUCUUUGCUUCAAAAAUCAAUCCUUUGUGGCUUCCAUUGGCAUUGAAGCCAACUUAUCUUGUAUAUUGCUGUAAAUUUUUCCUGGUAUCAUGGAGCCCCGUGGUCUCGCAGGACAAAGUAAACUACAGAUCAGAAGUUUUAAAUAAAUAUGAAAGUUGCUCUUCGACUCUUUCUUGCAAA